UGACAGAAAAUGGUUUUAGUUACAAUAACGCUGCUGUGCCUAUUGUUGGCGCUCUUCUAUGUGUUCCUUAGCUGGAACUAUGAUUAUUGGCGCAAGCGCCGGGUGCCAGGACCAGCGCCUAGUCUGUUUACCGGCAACUAUCCGAACAUAUAUACGCUAAAAAAACAUUCCAUAUACGAUUUGAAUGACAUCUAUAACAAGUACAAGCAGCGCUACGAUGCAGUGGGCAUUUACAUGGGCAGAACUCCACAGCUGCUGGUGCUGAGUCCGGAGCUGGCGCAUCGCGUUUUUGUAACAGAUUUCAAGUAUUUCCAUGACAAUGAGAUAGCCACCAUGGUAGAUGAAAAGUCGGACUUUAUAUUCGCCAACAAUAUAUUUGCCAUGGCGGGCGACAAGUGGAAGCAACGCCGCACGGAUAUAACACCUGGUCUAACAUCGAGUCGCAUCAAGACAGUCUAUCCGGUAACCAAUCAGGUGUGUAAACAGCUGAGCGAAUAUAUACGCAAGCAAAUGCGCAUGGGCUCAGCGCAGGGUCUAAAUGCCAAAGAUCUGAGUCUUGCUUUUACUACGGAGACAGUAACUGACUGCGCGCUGGGCUUGAGUGCUCAGAGCUUGACGGAUCAUCCUACGCCGAUUAUGGAGCAGGCAAAGAAUAUCUUCGAUCAGUCCUGGGCCUUUGUCAUUAACUUUGGCCUGCUCUCCAUCUUUCCAUCGCUGAAACGUUACAAAAAAGUUCGCUUCAUACCACAGCAUGUGGAGCAGUUCUUUGUGAAUCUAAUGCAAAGCGCCAUUGAUGCACGCAAGUCUGAGCAGUCGCAGCAGGUGCAGCGCGUCGACUUUCUUGACUAUAUACUGCAGCUGGCCAACAAGAAGCAGCUAAACACGCGCCAGCUGACAGCAUAUAGCAUGACCUUUCUGCUGGAUGGCUUCGAGACGACAGCCACGGUGCUGUCGAGUACGCUGCUGCUGCUGGGUCGCCAUCCAGAGAUACAGCAGAAGCUGCGCCAAGAGCUGCAGGCUCAACUGAAUGCUCAAGGAUGCAUAGACUUUGACAAGCUAGCCGAGCUGCCCUACUUGGAUGCCUGUGUGCAAGAAUCCAUGCGCUUAAUUACACCUUUGGCGUUCUCCAACAAGAUUUGCACACAGACCAUUGAGCUGCCCAACAGGCAGGGUGGCAACAUUACUAUAGAAAAGGGCACCAUUGUUGUUGUGCCACACGAUUGCUAUAUGAAGGACGAGGACAACUUUGCCAAUCCGCAUCUGUAUCAGCCCGAACGCUUUAUGGAACCGGAUGCAGCCAAGAAAUAUCGCGAGCGUGGCGUCUUCAUGGGCUUUGGCGAUGGACCACGCAUUUGCAUUGGCAUGCGCUUUGCUUUAAUACAAAUUAAAGCUGCACUUGUUGAAAUUGUUAGCAACUUUGAUAUCAGCGUUAAUGCCAAAACACGUAAGGACAAUUUGUAUGAUCCUGCUGGCGUAGUUACCAAACUAGAUGGCGGCAUUUGGCUUGAAUUUGCUGAACGUAAAAACUAAUAAAGCUAAGCUCUCACU